GCGGGGCGCGGCGCCGGCGCGCGGCGCUGCUGGCGGCGCUGGCGCGGAGGUCGGCCGCGCUGGCGUGCGGCGCUGCUGGCGGCGCUGGCGUCGAGAGGGGCUGGCGGAGGCGUGGGGGGCGUCGAGAGGGGCUUCGUGCGCGUGGACGGGGAGACCCGCACGUUCUACGUGCAGUACCCCGAGGGGGAGAUGCCGGACGAGGGCUGGCCCAUGGUGUGGAGUUUCCACGCCAUCGGUGUCGACGCCGAGCGGCACGCGUCGGCGGACGGCCCGCUCAGGGCCUUCGGGCGGACGCUGGCAAUCGUCGUCCACUGCGAGGGCUGGCCGCCGGCUGCCGCCGGCGAAGACGGGCCCAUCGGCUGGCACGCCGCAGGGAGCGCGGGAUACGAUGUAGACGGCGGCGAGGACGGCCCCAUAUGCGAUCCCGUCAAGGUGAGGGAGUGGUACUGCUACGAGUCAUGCCGUGUGCGGGGCCACUGCACGAACAAGACCAGGGGGGAGGGCACGUGCCGGUACAGCCACUGCCUGGACGACGUGGCCUUCGUCUUGGAGGUCCUCCACCACAUCAGGGCAAGAAUCCCAGUGGACGACUCGCGCAUCUUCGCCACCGGCGACUCCAGCGGGGGAAUCCUGUUGCACGAGCUGGCCGCUGACCACAGGAGCCUCGGGGUGUUCGCCGCCAUCGCGCCGAUCUGCGCGCUGCCGUCCAACGGCUUCAACCGGGGCACCCUCGACCCGAGAACGAGGUGCCUGCAGCUGGCUGGCACCAAGGACGGCUUCGUGAGCGCGGCCGCCAACCUAAAGUCCGAGCAGUCUGGCCGGGUCGAUCCGACCAGGUCGUACGGAGAGAACCGCGGCUGGUUCUGGAGCAGCAUGGACAACACCACGGACCUCUGGGCCUCGCAGAAGGGUCUGGUGCCCAGGCUGGAGGGCGGCAUGUCCGACCUGCAUCCCGAGCUGGGCGCGGCGGAGCUCCGCUGCCGCGGCUGGAGCGCGGACGGAUCAGUCGAGCGCGCGGAGCUGGCCGAGUGCUAUUUCGAGGAGGGCCACUGCUUCCCCGGCAGCCACUCCCGCCGGCUGGUCUGGAGGUUCUUCGGAUUCGAGGACCCGAUCGCCGGAGUCGGACUGGACGGCGAGUGCGGCGCGGUGGACGGCGAGUGCGCGGAGCCCGCGUACGGUGCGGAAGCGACCUCUGGCCGACGCAGGUGGCCGGCGUUCGCGGGGCGGCGGAGCGACGUCAGGCAUUCUUGAUCGUGUCGGCAUCGCCGAA